UUACAUAUAUUUUAAUUUUAAUUAUUUAUUUGAGAAUUGAGGGCGUUUUUCUGUUACUACCGGUUCCGUUCUGUGGAGAUAACGCUGUUGAAGGUCUCAUUCAACGGAUUCCAUUUCUCAAUUCUCAAUCUUAAGUAAUUUUGUAUUGGUUCUCCUUGCUUCAAGUUGGGAAUAGUUUCUUAUGAUUAGAGUAGGAUUGGAAUAGGGACUCAAUGAAAAACACUAUGGUUAGAAUUGGGAGGAGAAACUGGAGGAAUGCAUCUUUGGUGAAUCAAGGAUUGUGGUUUUGUUUUCUUGGGUAUGGUUUCAAGCUCUUCAUUCUUUAGCUUCUCAUUCUCAGAAAAGAAGCUUUUUCCCCCAAUUCAUGGAAAGUUCUUCUUUCUUUGGCUUGUUAGUGCUGAUCAUUGAGAGAAUUAGGAAAAUCUGUAUUGUUGAAGAGUUUGGAUAGUAGUGGCUUUAUUUUUGCUUUGCUGAGGUACUGCGGAGUGAGUCGAAUGGACUUUUGGUUUGUUGCGGCUGCUGCUGGAGCUGGCUAUCUAGCUAAAUAUUGGAAUAGCAUAUCAAAGAAUGGUAAUGAUUUGUGUCGAUUGUUGUCAGAGGAUUCAUAUCUUAAGAAUCCUGAGUCCCAAAGCUGUACUUUUCCUUUUGCCAAAUUAGCUCGAAGAGAUAGAUUUGGCAAAGAUGUUUUUAUGGAUAGAAGGGCCACAGAUGUGAACUCGUUGGAUCAGUUUUUUACAACGGAAGUAGCUUCUGACAGAGGGUUUGAUGGUGAAAAACUAACCUGUGAUCGGAAUUUGCUAUCGAUAUCCAACUUACAUGUUUUGUUUUCACCAAAUGGUCACUUUAAGGAUGUUGAAGAUGGAAAUGAAGAAACCUUAAAUUUUGGCGAAAAUCAUGGUUUCUUGCCUCCUGAUUCUUCUGCUGAAGGGGUGGGCGUCCCUAAUGCUUUCAGAAAUAAAACCUCACUUAGGGCAAAACUUUUAUCUGGGAAAAUUACUAGACCUUUGAAUUCCAUAGAGAGUUGUUUCAUGGCUCAGCUAUACAAAGAACACGAAGAAAUGGAAAAGUAUGUUGUAUGUUCUCCUUCAUCACCAUAUAGAUACACACGGCCAUUUCUUGUAAGUGAUGGAAGCCGAAUAAUUAGCAGAGGGAAUGAUAUUUCUUUCUGUCCAUCAAUUGGAAGCAAGGAAUACAAGCUGCAUGAAGAAGCUUGCCAAGUAAAAGAUGAAAAUGUUUAUGGGGUCCCCUCCUUACAAGAAGUUGGAUCUUUGGAUGAUGCCAAGAAGAUAAAAUUUAAUGCAGCUGGUGAGCGAAAUCAAAGAUUGAGCACAUCCAACAAUGCAUUCAGGGAAAAAUACAUCCAUACACAACAUGAUGCAAUAUUUCUCUUCAGUCUUGGGGUUUCUUUUGGGAUCCUAACCUCUGUCAUGGCAAAUAAACGAGAAAUGGAAGAGUUAAGAGAAUUGGUGAAUCAGACAGAUAACUUGAUUCAAGACCUACAAGAAGAACUUGAGAUGAAAGAUUCAAUGACCGUGAAGGAGUUGCAUAAUGAAAAUUACGGUUCGCGAGAUACUUUUGAUCAUUCGUGCUACAGAAAGGAGCUGACUGGAUUAUCCCCUGGAAAGCGUAACUCUCCAAGAAUGGAGUGUGGAGAAUCAUGUGCUCAGAUGGAAGAAGAUGGUUUAGAAUCCAUGAGCAAAAUUGAAGCUGAGCUCGAAGCUGAACUUGAGAGGUUGGGGCUGGAAAUGAAUGCAUCUAGUCUAGAAAGUAAAAUGUCUGAACUUGUUGAGCUUGACCCCAAUUUUGUAGCAGAUUUGGCUCAAGGUGAGUUGCGAGCUGACUUGUUCAAGGAGAAAGAAAUUGUCCACGCAAAGUCAGACGAUGAUGCCGGUGAUAUUACACCUCUUCCUGGGGAAUAUGCAGUUUCACCUCAUGAACUGACUCUGCGCUUACACGAAGUUGCAGAAUCUCGGCUUGAGGAACGAGUUAAGGAGCUCGAGAUCGCCCUCGAAAAUAGCCAGAGGACAGUGCGGUUUAUGGAAUUAGAGCAUGAGGGUUCUUCAAAAAGAGCACAGUCAUCCUCUAAUGGUGGAAACAUGCUAACUUAUGAAGUCUGUGACCCUAUGGUCCAGCCCCUAAUUCUCAAUUUAUCAGGUGAAGCUCUGGAUGCUUACAAUGAAGCGUAUGAGGAACUGAUAAAUAUAGGUGAUUGUGAAGAAAAUUCACCAAUAGACAUCCAUCAUAAUGACCACGAAGAAGGUUCGCCUUCACAUGAUUUACUCGCAUCAGGGUUUCAACACUGUGAUGCAAAUGAUUCUGGAAAUUGUUCUGCCGUUGACGAUGGCAAGCUUGCAAUACUGGAAGAACAAAGCUCUAGUAUUUAUGACUUAGAUGUCACUGAAGAUGAAAGUUGUAGUUUUGAUGAGUUGGAAACACAAUUGAUAAGGCAAAUAGUUGAAAGGACCAAGAAAGGUUCUUCUGUUUUUGAAGAUGCACAAAAGACAUUGUAUUGUAUGGAUGAAGAUGAAUAUUGAUAUGAAAUAGAACAUAGGAAUGUAAGAAUAGUAAGCUAUUACAUCUA